UUUAGGAAAGGAAAAGCAGCAAUUUAUUUGUUCUUAUGGUGUGAAUAUAUAGUGGCAAAUAACUUUUGCCUUCACUUAAUAAACUCUGUCUACUUGGUUAAAUGACCUUGCGGUUAGGUAAUUGUCUUCGAAUAUUUGGCGGGUUCACUUCUAGUCAGCUGAUCAUCUUCCUAAACGUUAUAGUUGAGUAUGAAUGUCGCUUGUAAUCGCCAUGAUGACAAUCUUCCCAUCCUGUUCAUUGACUUUAACCAAGACUACACAUCUAUCCAAGUUGGAACGAAGACAGGCUAUAGCCUUCUAUCAACUGUCGGUGAUCAGGUGACUGAAACCUUUUCUUCAACCGGUGAUCCAAUGUGUAUUGUUGGCAGAUUAUUCAAUCGCAGUUUAGUUACUCUUGUCUCACAGAAUGAUAUGCGCCGAUUGCUUGUAGCACAUUCCAGAAUAAAUACACUAAUUUGUCAUUAUCGUUAUACUUUAACCAUUUUGGCAGUUAAAAUGAAUCACCAGCGUCUUGUUGUCUGUGUAGAAGAUGGUAUAUUUAUUCAUAAUAUGCGUGAUAUGCAAUUGUUGCACAAAGUUGAAGAGACUCCACCAAAUCGUAAUGGUGUUAUCGCUUUAUCAGCCAAUGAAAGUAAUUGUUAUCUAGCCUAUCCAGGUUCACAUCGUGUUGGCACUGUAUUCAUAUUCGAUGCGUUAAGUUUUCAGAAUGUCACAUCUAUUGCUGCACAUGACGGCUUACUGGCUUGUCUUACAUUUAAUGCUAGAGCUAAUCUAUUGGCUACUGCUUCAGAAAAGGGUACUGUGAUUCGUGUAUUUUCUAUUCCACAAGGAGAAAAAGUCAUUGAAUUUCGUCGUGGACUUACUCGGUGUGUAUCUAUAUGCUGCUUAUCAUUCAGUAUGAAUAGUCAAUAUCUUAUCGCGGCUAGUCAUACAGAAACUGUUCAUGUCUUCAAGCUGGAAAGUCGUUCAUCCGAAAAAUCCCCUGAUAUAUCCACUGAUCACUACACAAGACAACGUACUAUCUCUACAGGUUCAGGAGCUAGUCAAGGCACAGGUGGUGGUGUCGAUGAAUGUGAUCUACCCCAGUCGGAUGAUAAUAUCACAGGGAAUUAUUCCGGUUGUAUAGAGCAUCAUAACACUUCAGGUUUAGAUGGCGGUGGUAGCGGUGCAACAGGCGGUGCUGCUGGUGGGGCAGCAGCUACAAUGGCUAGUUGGAGUCAAGGUUUAAUGGGUUGGAUGGGUAGUACACUGAAAACGUAUUCUGUCUACUUACCGCAUCAAGUAUCAGAGAUAUUUGCACAGGAUCGUGCAUUCGCUUAUGCACGUAUACCAUGUGCAUCAGUGAAUAGUUCGUAUCGACCAACAACAGCAGUAGGUGGUGCCGGUGCCGGUGGUGGUAGUCCAGUGUCUAUGACGUCAGCAGGCGAAAUAGUUAAUACUAAUUAUGUUGUCAGUCCUACAUCUACUGGUCUUAUUCAACCAUCUCCUGGACAGCGGAAGGUAGCUGCACUUGUUUAUUAUCAAAACCAACCGAGGCUAAUUGUCGCUGGUUUAGAUGGUCUUGUUCAUAUAUUCUCUAUCGAUCCAAUCAAUGGCGGUGAAGCUGUUCUAAUCAGAACACAGAGACUGCUUACACCUCAUCCAUCGAAUAACCAACCAGCAACCAGCCUGUCAUCAGUAGCAAUGAAUCCUAAUUCACCGUAUGAUUCCAGUUCUCUGCCUGCAUCAAAUAUUACCCCAUCAUCAUCUUCGAUCAGUGGUUCAGGCGAUGGUAUUGUAUCGAAAAAUGUCAAUUCUAUGCGUACUGGUGGACCUCAACAACCUGGUGUCUACGCCUUGCCAGCAUCUGCUGCAGCCAAUAUUAAUCUUGCCGGAAUGAAUGUUACAGCGACUACUGGCAGCAAUAAAGUGAAUACAUUUGCUUCAGUUGUUGCUGGUGGUAUUAAAGAUGAAGGCAAUCAACGUAGUAUUCCGUCACCGAAUCCUAUUGUUAAUGAAUAAAUAAAGAGCACUAUCCUGAAGAAUAUGUCGCUUACACAGACAAACAGAUACACAUUAAUUGGGGAGGAGGGGGGGAGGGAAUUCUCAUCUACACAACGCAAUACCCUCCAAUCCCUUACGCCGCACACACCACAUGCACACACACACACAGUAUUUUGAGUUCAACACGAAGAAACAAAUCCAAUGAAUUUAUUUCAUUUGAUCUUUUUCUUUGAUUCUUCUUGUUGUCUUUUUUUCCUCAAAUGAGAGUGAUCAACUCUUCAUAUUUUUCGACAUUCUCUCUGUCUCUCUCUCUGUGUGUGUCAUUCAAAAAACCCCCCGAGUCCCAGCACAACUGAGUUCACAGUGUGUAAGUCAUAAUGGGUGAUUGUGUCUGAGAGGAUAAGCGCUACUGUGUGUAUUUUCAGCUUCUCAUUCCCACUUUAUUAUAACUUAACUGUUAUUGGUGUUGUAAUUUUCCGCGCCAUUGACACACAAACUCUAGGGUGUUGUAACCAUUAUAGUGACUUUGAGUAUGUCUCAUUCAUUUAUUAAUUGUCACUACUAGUAUUUCUCUAGAUUUCAUGUUUGCUGUUUCUAUUUUCUAUGAAAUGCUUGUGAUCAUCUGCUUUCAUUGUUUAAUCUUGGGUAAGGCGCGGACUUGGAAAAGGAAUAUAAAGCGGAAUCUCCUGAGAGGAGAUUUAUGUCUGUAUGAGCGUGUGUGUGUGUAUGUGUUCGUGCUUUAAAUCCCCCUUCCCCCUAACCCCCUCCGCCUAACACGAAACUCUUUGUAUCACCAUGCUGACAUCAUACGUGAUCGUGUUUGAUUGUCUGUGCGUGUGCGCCUUCUGUGUGUGUGUAUGUGUUGCUCUAUGCCCUUGCCGUGGUGCUUGUUAUCAUUUAUUACGAAUUAUUUUAUUGUUAAAAUACUUUUUCUUUUUGAAUAUUUUCUCUUUUUUUGAUGCGAUAUCUUUGUACAAAUAUUUAUAUAUUACUGUUAUUACUUAUUAGUAGUAUCAUUAUUUUUACACAAAAACGUUAAUCAGUUACUUAAUAUUUAAUGAUUAACUUCAAGUGGAUUUUUUAAAAAAAAAAUAUGAAAAAAAUGGAUAUAUCUUUUUUCUUUUACUAACUAAUAUUGCUAUUAUUGUAAUAUUGUAAUAUUAUUUCCACUCACUUACUCAUUUGGCUAAUGAAUCAUGUGUUCUUUUUAUAUAUGAACUGCGAUUCACAUGCAUUAUCUAUCCUGUGUUAAUACACCAUUGAUUGAUUCACCUCAAGUGUUCGACUUUUCAUUCAGACUGACUAAAUGGCUGUAU